CGCGCCGCCGGCACUGCGCAUGCCCAGAGCCGCCGCGCCACCGGCUGCCCCGUGGCGCGGGACUGCUGUUGGCCGGAUGGAGGAAGAAGAGGAGGAGGAUGGAGGCCGAAGAGCCGAUGCGAAAUCAGCGGCGUCCGGCCGCUUCGUGCGGUGCCUUUACGCGGUGGGCUUCCUGGAUUUAUUUGGUGUGAGCAUGGUUGUUCCUUUAAUGAACCAUCAUAUCAAAUCUCUAGGAGCAAGUCAUACAGUUGCUGGAAUAAUAGGAUCUCUGUAUGGUAUAAUGCAACUAUUUUCCAGCACAUUUGUGGGCUGCUGGAGUGAUAUAGUAGGAAGACGGUAUUCCUUGCUUGCUUGUAUUCUUCUCAGUGCACUGGGCUACUUCCUUCUUGGAAUAUCCACCACUGUGUACCUGUUUGCCAUUUCUAGAGUCCCUGUAGGUAUUUUCAAACACACUCUCUCCAUCUCCAAGGCUCUGCUGUCUGACUUGGUUUCUGAGAGAGACCGUCCUUUAGUAAUGGGACGCUUCAACGCAGCCUCUGGUGUGGGCUUCAUUCUGGGACCUGUUGUUGGAGGCUACCUCACAGAGCUGGAAGAUGGCUUCUAUCGAACGUCCUUCAUCUGUGCCUCCAUCUUCCUUCUGAACGCUGGUCUCGUCUGGAUGUUACCCUGGAGCGAAGAAAACACUGGCAAUGUGGAGCGUCAACAAGGCGAGAAAGAGAAAGGCAGUUUCUCAGCAAAAGCAGAUGGUGACCUGUGCUUGAAAUCAGCUGCUAAUGGAGCUGUGGCAAACGACAGUCUUUUCCAGUCUCCGUGGAUCCAAGCUGCAACAGUGCUGAAGAGGAUUAAAGAAAUUGCUUGCUCUGACCUGUGGGAUAUAUUUUUAGUGCGAUUGCUGAUGUCUGUUGCCAUACUGCUGUACUACAGCAAUUUUAGUCUGGCCUUGGAGGAGAGAUUUGGGGUGAAACCCUUGCUCACUGGCUACCUGUUGAGUUAUAGCAGUGCACUCGGAGUCCUGGCUGGUUGUCUGCUUGGACCAAUAACGAGACUCUAUCAGCACAACACUUACAGAAUUUUGUUGCACUCCAGCACUUUCACCUGCACGUUGAUUCUCCUGUACGCAUCAGCGCUGAGCAUAUGGAUGGUCAUUUUGUCUUCCACGUUCUUGGCCUUUUCAACUACCAUAGGUCGUACUUGUAUCAUUGACCUCGAGUUGACCAUUGGUGGGAACGAGGCCAGCGGUACGCUCCUGGGUGUUGGACAAUCCGUGACAUCAGUGGGACGUAUAGUUGCUCCGCUUCUUUCUGGAAUUGCUCAGGAGUUCAGUCCGUGUGGCCCUCCAAGCCUAGGGGUUGCACUAGCUUUAGUAGCUAUUCUGAUCAUGAAUGCCAACAAACAGAAAUACUGUAGCCAGGGAGAUGUUAAGUUAAAAAAUCAAUAGCUGACAACUGGGAUCGCGUAGGUGCAUCUUACAAGAGAGGCAAAAUGAAUCAACCUCCGGUGCUGCUUUCACCUGAUGUACAAUAGUAACAGAGUCUGCAGAGAACACAGCACAUUUACAUGGAGGCAAGUACAUACAAAUAUUUCUGCUGCAGGGAUGUUAACUCUAGAGAAAUGUUAUUCUAAGUGGUACCACUAGAACUCUUCUGAGAAGGACAGGUGUUGCUGUAUAGUACCGGCUGGGAUUUUUUAUGGAUUUGUAACUUUUUUUGGUGGGGAAAAAUAAAUGACAUGAAGUAUGCAAACCCUGCUUGUAGCUCACAUUUGAAACAGUAUUUAGAUUGAGGGAUUGUUAAAAGGCAAAAAUUGAUUCUUAUUGUUUGAUCAGAAGUGAAUCUUUGUUACUUAAUCAGAAGGAGACUUUGCAAUAUAGCUCGUUAGUCUUAAUUCUGUAUGCUGUGGUGUGCUGCCAUUUGUGUUCUGUGACAAUAACUUAAUUAGCAGGGGAUUAGUUUCUGUGAUUUUUGUUAAGCAUACUUUGUCUGCAAAACUUGCUGUGCAGAGAUGAAGCACCUAGGGGCAGCCAUCUGACCCCUGCUGAUUCCUGUUUUUCCCCAGGUAAUAGAAUUGAGCAUGUGCUAACAUCAUGUAUUAGAAGGCCUAAAAUGGACAGUUUUAGAAUAAUGAGGGGGGAGUCAUUCAAUGUAAGCUUCAUUCCAACUUGAGCUGGUGGUUUCUGUUCAGUAAUAACUUCUACUGAGCAUCUUUAUAAUAAAUUAUUUAUUAAUA